GGACAAUAGUACAACUACCUUAAACUGCUAUUGAAGUUAAUUCGUUAAUCGCAUUAAAAAUACAUCACCUUUAAACUUAAAAGUAAUUUAAUUACUUAAUUUAAGUGUAUUAACUAUGAUCGUAAUAGCCAAAAGACCCUCCAUAGUCAAAAGCAUAGAUUAUACACUUAAUAUAUUCGAGGUCAAAAGUUAAGAACUGCAAUGCCUCGAAAACCUUGUUACUGGACGCGUAAACUAGAAUUACAAUUGAUUGAUUUCGUGCAUCAAAGAGACUUCGUAUGGAAACCAGUAGGAAAUACUAACCACGAUAUUCAGAAAAAGUAUAGGGCUUAUGCGGAGUUCGCCGCUAAAUUGGGUCGAGGAUUUACAGCACGAUCUGUAAGAGACAGGUGGGUGAACAUAAGAAGCACAUUCAAUCACAACUUGCGUCGAGUAGAAAAAUCUAUGAAAGUAGCUAAAUCGUCAGCAGAAAUCUAUGUUCCAUGCUGGCCAUUGUGGAAACCUCUACAAUUCUUGAAGGAGAUAUCCAAGAAAGAACCCAACAAUAUAGAGAACUUUACUACUGCAGAAAAUUAUAGUGAGGAAAUUAAUGAUGCCAUUAAAAGAGAAUGCGCUGUGAAUAAUGAUCUGGAAAUUAAAAUUCGACAACGAAGUCAAAGAAGUGAUAGACCUAGGAGAAAGAAAGUGAAAACUCUUAAUAAGAAUGGUAGUAAAUGUAUGAGGAUAAUUGAUGAUCUUGUGAAAGCUGUGAAUCCUCUUGCAAAUGCUGUAGGGAAGACAGAAGAUGAAAGAUAUUGGUUUUUCGGUAAACACGUUACAGAACAACUCAACACUAUGAGGACAAAUGAUGCAGAAUGUGCUUGUCAAGAGAUAAUGACAUUAUUGGACGAGUGGCCAUUGUGUGAUGAUCCUUAAAAAGAUCUAUCAUUGGCACAUACAUUUUCUUCAACCGAGCAUACCAAGCUACCAGCAGGUCCAAAGCAAGAAAUGAUUUGUUGGAGAGGAAAAUUUUUGGCAAAGUAUUCUGACUAGGUCUAUACUUUCACAUGACAUAAAGUGUGUAAUCCAUCCUAGAGUAAAACAUUAACUCAUUUACCAUGAAUGAUCUGCUAAGAGUAUGUUGAUUCCAUGCUGAUUGAAGUGAGUAAACACAUGCAGAUUGAUUACAAAGCAUUGGCCUUAGAUUCAGAAUCCUCCAUGAAGAUUUUAGCUAUAUAGAAAAAACAAACUGGUAAUAUGUUAGAGCUACAUAUGGAACAGGUACGUGGUAUUCAUUUAGCUUCCUCAUUACUAUUUCAAUGCAGCUGUCAAAAUGCAUGUUUAAAAAGGGGAUGACUUUGUGAUGUCUGAAUUUAAAAUAAGUUUCACUUUGUCACUGCGAGAGUUGCACUCGUAAUGUUGACAGCACAUCUGCAACGUGUCUAGCUGGCUUUUACAUUGACGUCAUAUUGACAUGCAAUUGGCCACCAGUCACCGUCCUACUACAGCCAACUAACCCAUAGGACACAUCACACUGAGUUUCUUGCUGGAUCUUCUCAGUGGGUCACGAUUCUGAUCCGGUGGUAGAUUCGGUGAAGCACUGCUUUUGCUAGGGUCAGUGUUUUGUAAAUGGAAAAAUGCUAGACUUUGGUGGUGAUAAUCCUAAAAAUGUGCUAGAUCAAGUCUUAACAUGCUAAUAAAAAUGACAAACGCCAAGUCUUGUUUAUUGAAUGAAUUAAAAACGAAAAUAAUUGCAAGUAGGUAAGUAGUGUAAUUAAAAACGCAGUACAAUUUUAUUGUAUAUUUAAUCAUGAAGAUAAAUCAAAUAAUAUUUGUAGAUCAAUAUCAUCAUCGUCGUGAGCUUGUGCUUGUGAUGUUGAAGGGCCAACUUCAAAAUCAAUAGUCAUUGGCGUCACAAUCGACUCUUUAACCCCUUUAAUCUGUUUUAGGACAUCUGCGGCAAUGUUAUAGGAAUGACAACAUUUUAAGGCCAUCUCUGAUGUAUGGAACCGAGUUCAAUGUAUAUAGUGACAUACUGCGACUGUCAGUGAAAGCCCCAUCAAAAUCUUUCCAGCCACUCCAGAGAUUAGCCGGAACAAACAGACAGACAACAAAUGUUAUUUUGGUGUAUGUACCGUACAUAUAUGCAUGUAGUAAGAACCGGUUAUUUUAAUAUUACAAACAGACACUCCAAUUUUAUUUAUAUGUAUAGAUAUAUUAAUUUAAUAUAUUAUAUUCAUAUAUAAUUAAUAAUAAUUAUAUCAAUAUAUUAAUAAAUAAAUCAUCUAGUAAUGACGCAAA